GCACUUUGAACACACUCUGGGAUUGACGCUUCAACGCGGCCGACAUCCAUAUGUCGCGUGCGGCUAAACUUACCCUGGGAGCUGCGUUCUGCGGCUCUGCGCUCAUCGUCUGGGGAGUGCACUUUCUUCAGCAGCAAGAGCGUAAUACCAUGUACCAGGGAGUUCUGAGAGACGACGAACGUCGGCGAGAAAAGAUGCGACAGCGUGAAGAAGACUACCAGCGGUCCAUGCAGAAACGCGAACUGUACGAACGUGUACAGACCGUCUCCAAGCCCGUUCUAGAACCGGAUUCUCAUACAUGACAUACCGACACUGCGAUGUCCCCUCACGAGAGACUAGAAUGAGUGAUGUUGUAUAAUAGAUAUAGUAGUAUGGGCUUAAUGUCUCGUUUAUCGGAUCAGCGGUCGCGCCUCCUCUCA